AUGAGCCCAUUCGACGUCUCUGAUCAUGUCGCUCUCAGACAAGAUGUUUCCUUACAUGGCUACAUCCAGCGCACUCAUAGUCAAGCGAUUGGAAUUUUCGCCGAAGAGGAGUUGAUCAUAGCCCAUGUCGAAGUCCCGCCCAACAUCCUGAAUCGAUUCCUCACUACUGGCGUGCCGCCCGAAGGCUAUUUCUACGUCGAGUUUGCGCAUCCAACCGCAGGGUGCUCUCUUGUCAGUCAGGACGACAUCGUACUCAUCAGCCGUUCGUUUCGGCUCGGCGACUACGUCAAACGAGAUGGAAGCCCGUUGACUGGCACGGUCAUCGAUGUGUCUGAGACUUACAUCCUUGAUCCUGUUUUCGCCAACACUCUGUCAGCGCCUCCGACCUGUUUGGACACAUGUCCGCGAACCCUGCCUGAGCACUUCACGCAUCCAAACCCACACAUCCUCCUUUACAACGUUCCUGCACGCGAAGUCAAAAGAGCACAGGAUGUCGCAUUAGAUGACUUUUUAAUAUUUGGUAAAUGGGUGGGAACUGCUCGAGAUGUGGAAUACGACACCGUGGUCAUGCUUGCAAACAGGUCCGUCGUGGUCAUCUACGGGUCUCUCGGCAUGCGUAUGCCUCUUCCCGACAACCAUAAGCCUCUCAUUGCAGUUCCUGAACUCGAUGGACUCUGGCGACCUGAUAUUCUAGGGGCCACUGAAGGUUGGACAACCACUAUCCCCGUUACAGCUGCACAGUGCGGUGACUUUGUCAUUAUUGAUCGUUCUUCUCUCCGGAAUGGGAGAUGGUUACAUGGAUCAUACGACCCGAGGAUCCCUUCUCAAGGCGUCGUCAUUGAUAUCCGAACUCAUAAUGUCAUGGCCGAUUGGGCUAUCAUGGGAUACCCGCCCCCGCUCAACGCAGGUCCACCACCCAGGACCGAGACACACAUCUACGAGAACAUCCAUUCCCACAAGACGGUUCCAGAUCUGCGCCUGAAGGCGGGUAUGGCGAUCUAUGACAAUGGCAAGAUGCCUGUAAAGCCUGCUGACCAACGCGCCUUUAACAUUGGAGCUGGAGCUGCCAAUGGUCAGGCGUCCCAUGACGAAGUCAACAAUAGCCGAAUUGUUUAUUCAGGCCAUGGUAUGGGGGUUGGCGUCCAUGUCCACUUUCGAGAUCCCUCUGCAGCCAGGGUAAAAUAUCAGGGAAUCGAGGGAACUUCACAUGGAAGAUUUCUGCCCAUUGAGAAGGAUCAGCCUUCUGGCUGUGAUCUCAACGAGUACAAAAUUGUUUUCUUGCGGUCGUCUGUUACUGUCAUGUGGCAAGACGGUAGUGUCACUACAACUGAUUCGAAGUCGUUGAGAACGUUUGCCCUCUUCGAGGCUGAAGUCCUGCCCACGGACAUUGUGUUGAGAAGAGAAGGUAUGCGACAAAGACCAGUUAACAAAGCGGGAAAGGCGAAUGGGCUGAUAAAAGACUUUGACGAGAUGACGUUCUUUGAGCAGCCCCAUGACCUGUUGCCAACCGGCGUGGGUGUGGUCCAGUCAGUUGAUCCGACCGAGAAAGUUGCCCGCGUGCGAUGGUACAAGGAACCCAAAAUUGUAUUGUGUGCAUCAGGCCAAAUCCUGGCGCCGUACUCCUGGUUUGGCCCCAUUGGAGAUGAGGUCGAGGAUGUAUCUCUCUUCGAAAUCAUGUCGUUUCCGUCGUUGAUGAUGCAGCGAGGCUCAAUGUGUGUGCUAGCAACUCAGGAGAAAUUCCAAGCUUCGGAUAAUGGAAUCCGCACACUAUAUCGUCCAGAGCUUGUUGGGGCAGCUGGGCGGAUUCGAGAGAAUUUAGAUUCCGGCAUGAACGCAGAUCCUCAGCGGCAGCGUCCCCCGGCUUCUUGUUCGUCAAGGGCGGCUACGCCGAAACAGAAAGAGGACCCGGUAGGUCAGCUUGAGUGGGUUGGUCAAAUUGUGUCACUGGGACUUGACGGCUCCGUUACUGUCCGUUUAGGAGCAUCUAAACCUUGUCGAGAUGUGGUGGUUCAUGUUGACUCGAUCUUCGCCAUUUUCAGCGAUCAUAUGGAAGAGGAUCCGUCGAAUUCCAGUCUUAUGGACAUUGACUCGUGGGCUGAAUUCUCUGAAGGCUUCGCCGAGGCCGUAUCCGAGAGUGUAGAGUACGAAGGCGGAGUGCGUCUCGACAAUGACAGCGGCGACGAAAAUUGGGUGUCUGAUGAGGACGAGACGUUUGCGGACGCUGAAGAAGACUUACAGGAUGGUGACGGGGAUCUGGAAAUGUUUGACGCCGGAGAGCAACAGGGCACCGCGGAGAGCUCAAACGGUGCGCUCUCUCUGCUGGAGAAAACACUGGGAUCUGAACCGCCUGCGCAGUUUCUUGUGGUGGACCGGGAGCCCCCAUCUGAUCAGUUCGGGCUUCAGAAUGUUUCGACAGCGCCCCGUCCUCUCAAACGUAUCUUCAAAGAGCACCAGAUAUUGGCGACGUCGCUUCCCGAGGGCGAGAUCUAUGUUCGCACGUACGAGAGUCGACUCGACCUCCUGCGGUGCCUGAUCAUCGGUCCGAAAGAUACGCCUUAUGAAAAUGCUCCCUUUUUGAUCGACCUGUGCUUGCCUGCGGGGUUUCCUUCGAAACCUCCUACAGCCCAUUUUCACAGCUGGACCAGUGGGCUGGGUCGCAUCAAUCCGAACCUUUACGAAGAAGGCAAGAUCUGCUUGAGCCUCCUAGGAACCUGGUCUGGAAAAGAGGCAAGCGAGACCUGGAGCCCGAAGGCAACCUUAUUGCAGCUUCUCGUCUCAUUGCAGGGGUUGGUGUUUGUGAAGAAGCCCUUCUACAACGAGGCAGGUUUCGAGGGAUAUGAACACGACAAGGCGUACACAAGGGAAUCCGAGGCUUACAGUGAAAAAGCAUUUGUCAUCAGCAGGGGAUUUGUGAAGAAUGCUUUGCUCCACCCUCCGGGGGCUGUGGAAGACAUCCUUGCUUGGUUAUAUCUUCCGCACGAUGUCUCGAAUCCGGGCAACAGCUUACUUGGCACUGUUGUUGAGCGAGGAAAACUAUUGUUGCAGAGUUCUGAGAAGGCUCGAUCAAACAACGAUGAUUCACUGGUCGACUCAGCAGGUGCCAAGGACGACGAGACCAAAGUGUUCAUGAAGCCAUUGAGUCGUGGCGCGAUUGUCAUGCUGAAGAGACUGAAUGGCGAAUUGCAGGCACUGCUUGAUCGCUUUGCAGCGGCAAAGUAA